AUGACGGACGCGGCCCGUUGGAAAGCUACUGUAUAUGUCGGGGGCUUGAGCUCCCUAGUCACUACCGUAAAUCUUCAUGAUGCCUUCAUACCAUUUGGCGAAAUCGUGGACAUAACCCUACCGAAGAACGACGCGCCCAAUUCCACCGAACCUCACAGAGGUUUUGCCUACGUGGAAUACGAGGAUUCCGAUGAUGCUAAGGAAGCAGUCGAUAACAUGGACCAGUCGGAAUUUUUUGGCAGGGUAUUAAGAGUCUCAGCGGCUAAACCUCCCAAGAGUGCAGAGGAGGGACUGGGCAGUAAGACAGCAGUUUGGGAGCAGGAGGGGUGGCUUGCGGAACAUGCUGUUAGCGAGGAAGAUCGCGCGGCAACGGCAGCAGCUCACGCAGGCGUAGACGACAGACCGGAGGAUCCAAUGCAGGGGCUCGAAGGGCUCGACGUCGCCGGGCCAAAGCCGGAAUGA